AUGUUGAUCUCUUCUUCAGUCACAGUGAUUUCUGUGUCUGCCGCUGCAUUCACUGUUGUCCUUCUUGCUGUUCUCUGGCUGAUCUGGAGAAAAAGAGCUGGUACCAGUGAAGAGGAUGUGACUCAUGCUCAUGUGUUCAUCAGUUCUGGUGAAAAUGUCCGUCUGUCCUGUAAUAAUGCUCUUCCAGACUGUAACUCAACUAUAUGGUUCUAUAACAGAUUCAGAGAUUCAGCAGCAGUUGAACUGAUUGGUUUAGGGAAAAAGAAGAAAGACACAGAGAGACAUGAGAGACUGAGUCUGGGGCCUGACUGCUCUCUGAACAUCAACAACAUCUCAACAGAAGAUUAUGGAUAUUACACCUGCAGACAAUAUGUGAAUGACAAACAACAAGGAACUGAUGCUCGUGUUUUUCUGCAUAUUCUUCAUGUCUCUUCAUCCUCCUCCUCAUCCUCACAGACUGAGAUCAGUGCAGGCCGCUCUGUGACUCUCUUCUGUCAGUUGUAUUCAUUUGCUGGAGGCUCUUGUGAUGAUUGGAUCUGUUAUGAGAGAAUUCAGCUGUUCUGGGUGAAUCAGGCUGGUGUUAAACUGACGAGAUCAGACUCCAGAUAUCAGAUAUUAUCCUCAUCAGAUCACUGUAUCAUCACUCUGACUACAACACUCCUGAAUGAAGAUCACAACAGAGAGUGGAGAUGUGAAGUUACUCAGAGAGAUCAAGUCAAGACCUCAGCCACAUACACUGUCAAGAGUUCAGAUCCAGCAGAAACUGAAGCCUGUAGUUCUGCUGGAUCAUUAUUCAGAGAGAUUUUGAUCAUUCUUAAGACUGCAGUGUUUGCUGCUCCUACUGUGAUUCUUCUUCAGAUCAUCUGUGCAAGAAGAGCUGAACAACUACACUUGCAUGUAAAUAUACACAGAGAAUUUACAGUGUACUCACUAUUACAAUCAUCACAGCGACAACAGAAAUAA